AUGCCAAGGUCAAACACCCUACAGCACAUCCUCAGUCUCCUUAGUUCAUCCAGUAUUGCAGAAAAACACAGCAAAGAUAUUAAAUCAAAGUUUUGGACGACUUACAAGAAAGUUGCGGAUGAGUACGACGACGAUUUCCUCCAACGAGCGCAUGGUGAUAUAGGUGUUAUCUUGACUUUUGCUGGUCUACUCUCAGCCGUCAUCUCUACAUUCAUCGGUGGAAUGCAGCCUGACUCGGGAGUUACUACGAACGCCCUCUUGGUGCAACUAAUUCAAGUCACUGUUGACGGGCCAAGUGCUGUACAUAACAUCAGCAAUCUAUCCUCAGUUACACACUAUUCUUCUUUAACCAUCUGGGCAGAAACCCUUGCCUACAUUGGCCUAGCGCUUAGCAUCUUGGCUGCGUUCGGGGCAGUUGUGGGAAAACAA